CGCGCUUUCUUGCAGUAUGGGAAGAAAACAGCGUCCUUUCGUCGUUUUGUUGAGUGUGGAGUUAAGGCUCAACUUUCAUUGGUCAUUGAGUUUAGUCACUGAGAUCCCUCUUGAGCGAACAGGGGAAAAUGAAGGGAAAGCAAAGGGAGAAAAUGGAGGGGCCCUUUUCUUUCAGAAUCGGUGACCACUGAGACCUUUAAUGGAGGAUGCGGUGGCGAAUUCGAUUAUGGAAACUGCAUCGUUACGCGAAACGACGGCAUCUCCGAGUUUGCGGGAAAGAGCGAACGAAGUCUGAAUUGGCAGACAGGCUUGUCCACAAAAGACAUACAUUAUGGCUACAAGAUAAGAGGAAGUUGCGAGAUGAAGGCGAGUUCCAAUUGUGUUGAUUAAUACUUAGUUUGGGAGGUGGCUCCACCGCUAUUUAUAUGUUGUGGCCAGGCAGCUACAGCUUUUCUGAGAUCAGAAUGACUCAUCUUGCUCCGUGUUGAAGAAAUUCAUAUACCAGAACUGCGAAAAAGUGUGUGGGCAGAUGCACAAGAAGAAGACACUAUGGCACGAGGAGAGCAAGCCCACACGGGAGUUAUGGCAUUCUUUUUUUUUUGAGUUAGUCAUUUGAGAAAUCUUCAGCUUUCUUUACCUGCCUUUUUUAGCUGCAUCUUACUUACAGUUUCUAAGUUGUUAUUCCGUUAUCCUCAUGGGAAUUCAGUUAUUUUCUUUGCUUCUUCAUAUUACUGGUGGAAAAUAGAUAUCGUCCGCGCAGGAGCUCUAAGAGAGUAGACGAGGACGAUGUAGCAGCCUUGGCAUUGGGUUUGAUUCUGGAUUCAGCACCUCUUUAUGAAUGAAGUUUUUUCGCCUAUUUUGCUGUGUAAAAAGGACUAUCAACAUGAUGGUCAUGUUGAUGGUGAUGGUCCGGCUACUAGACCACGGAAAAAACUACUUGAGCUUCUUCUACACUGUAGUGGAAAAAUCGCCGAAACAAGGUGCGUCUGCGCGAGCCUUCCUGCCUGAUGCACGGUCACUGGUACGAGAUAAACUGAAUUCUGAGACGACAACAUCCGAUGAUCGAAGCGGC